AUGGCAUGGUCUCUAGGCGACCAAGUUCGCACCAUCGAGAAAUUGGCAGUGAUUUUCGGUGAGGCGAAAAAUCUGCCACCGAAAGGGAGCUGCAAUGCCGAUUCCGGGAGGGACGUGUACUGCUCCCUCAGACUCGAUCAGGAAGAAAUUUACCGGACAUCCGUUUUCGAGAAAACUCUCAACCCAUUCAUCGCCGAACAGUUCCGGUGUGAUAUACCGAGAGACUUCCACCUACUGAAUAUUUACGUCAACGAGCGCGAGAAGGUAUCCAACAAGGACAAGGUCAUCGGGCGCGUCAGCUUGAGCAGAGGAGACAUCCUCAAAUUCCACGCCAAAGAACAUUGGUUCAAUAUCGAGCCGGUGGACGCGGAUUCCGAAGUUCAAGGCAAGAUUCAUUUGUUCCUGGCACUCCAACACUUUCAGAACGGACUCCAAUUGUCCUCGAUACAUCCGCUGUCCGAAGAGGAGCUCUUCCGGUCGGGAGCGGAAACUCGAUUAGUGCUCAGGAUAGCUGAGUGUUGCGAUCUUAAUACGAUCCGAGGCUAUUGCGAUCCAUAUGCGGUUGUCGCGCUGUACAGAGACAAUGUCAAAGUCGAUCAGAAGAGAACGAAGGCUCUAAGAAAAACUUCACGACCCUCAUUCGAGGAAACGUUCGACUUUUUCCUGCCAAGAGAUUGGGACCGUUUCGAGGUUAAGGUAUCGCUUUAUCAUGAUGUACAGUUGGGAUCGAGCGUUUUUCUUGGAGAAGUCCGGCUGGGCUGCUCCGCAGCGGAGCUCCGACAGCAAGAGCCAGUGUCCGCCUGGUAUUAUCUGGGACCUCGAGAGGAGUUCUCCAAGAAGAACAAUUAUCCCGAGCUAGGGGCUCUUCGCCUUAAACUGCAUUUCACGUCAGACACCGUCUUCCCGUCUUCGACGUACGAUCAGCUGAGGCAGUUGAUCGUUUCCAGUUGGCAAGUGCAGCCCAUCACAUGUAGUGCUGCCUACAUCAUAUCUCAACUUGUUCCUGCCGGUGGCAAGGAGGCCAUCACGCCCUUGGUUCGCGUCCUGUCAGAAACGAAGCAGAUCGUGAAGUUUCUGCGGGCGGUCGCUGAACACGAAAUGAGUAACACGAGCGACGCCACUACGUUGUUCCGAGGCAAUUCAUUGCUUUCCCGCUGCGUUGACGAGUUCAUGAAGUUCGUCGGCAUGCAGUACUUGCAGAGUACUCUUCGUUCGUUGAUCGAUCGAGUGCUGUCCGAGCGAAAGCCGUGUGAAAUCGACCCCACGAAACUCAGCGAUGAGGCCAAACAGCUUCCGAUCAACACGCAAAAUCUCAAAUCGUACGCGGACGAAGCCUUCGAAGCUAUCACCAAAAGUGCGGCCGAAUGCCCUCCGAUCCUUCGUGAACUCUUCAAUGCACUCAAACGACUAGCCGCGAAACGCUUCCCCAAGAACUCGCGCACCCAGUACUCAGUUGUUUCGGUUUUUGUAUUCCUUCGGUUUUUCGCGGCUGCCAUUCUCAAUCCAAAGCUAUUCGAUCUUUGUCCUCCUCAACGCAGUGUUGACCCUCAAGCGAAUCGAACCCUAACGCUAAUAUCGAAGGUUGUCCAGAGCGUCGGCAACCUGACGUCGAAAAACGUUGAAGCUUCGCGAGCUCGCGUCGGCGAACGCCAGAACUUCGUGCCCUACAAGGAGGAGUACAUGUGGCGCUUCUAUUCACAAUUUCUCAACGAGAGUCACCCACAGAAAGUGACGUCGUUCCUCGAGAUGAUCUCGUCAAAUCUCAAAACGAUAUCCGCCCUCCCGCGGGAAUCCAAUAACUCCUCGCCGCCGGUUGUCCUCAAGCAGGGCAGCUUGACGAAACGAGCGCAGAAUAGGAACAAGCUCGGACUGAAGCAAUUCAAGAAGCGGUAUUUUUUCUUAACGUCAAAAGCUUUAUGCUAUUCGAAAAACAAAGACGGGAAUCCUCUAUGUGAAAUUCCUCUCGACGAAGUGCUCGGAGUGGAGAGGCUUCGCGAGGAGUCUUUCCGACUGAAUAAUGUCCUUCAGAUCGUCCAGCCUUCCGGCAUAUUGUACAUUCAAUGCAACAAUUGCGUAGAGGAGCAGGAAUGGUUAGACCUUCUGAGGCGAUUGACGGCCUCGAACCGGCACAAAGUUCAAGCUUUCCAUCCUGAUGCUUUCAUAAACGGCGAAUGGUUGUGCUGUAGAUCUCGAUUCGAAGGCGAGCGCGGAUGUUCGCCGGUUUCCCGGACCGAGUUAGGAGCCCAAGUGGACCUCGAUCGAGAGCUCGAACGACUCCACUCGUUGGUAAUCUCGAACUGGAACAACUUCGAAGCCCUCACUGAGAACUGCGAUACCAUUCUCAACUCACAGUCGCAGGGAACUUUAGGAGGUCUAAGGGCCUGGCAGGACGACUUCACGCUGAGUACCUCAUUCGAGAGCUCAGUGGCGAGCAACUCCGGGACGUCAACGCUGACGGACACCCUCAACAAUAAUCUGGAGAACGGGGACGUCGCACGGACUCCGACCUAUAUCCAGGAGGAUGUGAAUAAGACAGCGGAUGAGUUGCGAGCGAUGACUGUUUCCGGCAGGAAGACAUCAUUCGAAAUCGACGACGCUCGUUCCAUGAAAGUCGCCCUGAUGGCCUUAGCAAAAUGUGCAAAGGAGUUGGAAAACUGGCAUCGUAGAUAUCGCGAUUAUCAGAAAACCGGGACCGUCAGGGGAACGAAACAAGCACCGAUCAGUUUGGAAGAUAACUAUAUCGUAAUGAAGCCCGUUCUCAGCUCACAAGCAUCUCAUAAACGAUGAUCCGAACGGAAUGAGCCCUCGCCUUCAUUUUCGCUCUCAGUACUCCGACGAGCAGCACCAUUAUCUCAUUAUUCACCAAGUGUAUCAAAUAGGUUCACCCCCUUCAUUUUAAAAUAUGUGAUGGGAAAGACACAAGUUAGGUUUGAUGUAAAAUUCAAAUUAUGUCCACAUUGAAUUAAGGUCGGUAUUGAAGAGGAGAAAUAGGGAAAUCACUGACGAAAGGGAUGAGGUCGGGUGAGAGGCGGUCGGAACUAUUGAGAUAAGGACUGAGUCUCACGACGACGAUGUGCACAAUUAAGAA